CAUUCCCCAUGGUGCACCUCGCGCGGAUCUGUGCUGUGUUACGAUUAUUAGUCUCCGGCGAGGAACAGAAGGAAGCCACUCGCGACAGAGGACAAACCAGACCAGCAAGGAGCCAACAUGUCUGUGGACUGGGUGGGCUAUGGAUAUGCGGCCCUGGUGGCUUCAGGAGGAGUCAUCGGCUAUGUGAAAGCAGGCAGCGUUCCCUCUCUCGCCGCCGGGCUUCUCUUUGGUGGCCUCGCAGGUGUCGGUGCCUAUCAGGUGUCCAAUGACCCCCGUAACGUUUGGCUGUCCCUUGCUACUUCAGGUACGCUGACAGGCAUCAUGGGAAAAAGGUUCUACGGAUCCAGGAAGUUCAUGCCUGCUGGACUCGUGGCGGGUGCAAGUCUUUUGAUGGUGGCGAAGCUGAGCAUGGCGCUGCUCAACAAACCUCAGCAGUCCGGAUGAUGCUGAGAAUGCACUGAAUCCACCAUUUAAUAACAUCAAUGUGAGAUUUCUGUUGUAUGUUAAGCUAAUUUUGUAUGAAGAGAAGUAAAUAAAGCACCAACGUUUAUAUAGAAUCUUAA